AUGGCGAAGGGCCUGGGUGCUGGCUUGGUCUCAGGUGCUGCGGUCGCCGUGGCAGGAACUGCAUGUGGAAUUGCCCAGAUUGGGCGAGGUAUUGCCAACACACCGGAGGCCAUGCGUGGACGCCGUGAACAGAGAGUGUGGGACGAUGAGCUUGGGCAGUGGGUGGAUAUUGACCUGGUCAAACUUGAGGAGCAGGUCCUUGCUGAAGGAUCUGAUGACGAGGAGGGUGGAGCAAGCGGCAGCCACUCUCCCUCGGCCUCUGUCAAGGAGACGGAGUAUUACGACCUCUUGCGUGUCAAGCCGUCUGCGACUGCCGCCGAGAUCAAAAAGGCAUACUACAAGGAGGCAAGGGCUUGUCAUCCCGACAAGAAUCCGGGUGAUGCGGAGGCAAACACCAAAUUUCAGAAGCUGGCGGAUGCGUAUCAGGUGAGGAAGAAGUAUGACAAGGAGGGCAAGGCUGGCAUAAAGGAGGGCAAUGUGAAGAUGGACCCCUCCACAUUUUUCAGCUUGCUUUUCGGUUCCGAGCGCUUCGAACCCUGGAUUGGGGAGCUGCAUCUGGCCAUGCAAACUGACCAGUUUGCUAAAGCCAUGGAAAAGGAAGGCGGCAUCCUAGAUCCUGCUGACGCCAGCGGCAACGUAGCUGACGAUGCAGUGUUCAGUGACAACUCACAAAUCUUGAAGCGGCGUCAGCUGCACCGCGAGGUGCACUGCGCAGUGUACCUGCGCGAAUUCCUGAACGACUUUGUCUACAGGCGGGAAGUGUCGCAAUUCGAACAGAAAGCGAGACUUGAGGCAGCGGAGCUCGCCAAGUGCCAAUUUGGUCCAGAGCUCUUGUCGGCUUUGGGCUCGAUGUACAAGCUCCGCUCCGAAAUUUACCUGGCCGAUGAAUUGGUCGGCCGGUUUUCCAUAACGAAACAGGCGGCUGCAUGGAAGCAUUCCCAUAUGACUUUCCGGCACAAGAUGAGCUUUGUUUCGAAUGCUGCGACGAGCCUCCUCCAAGUCAAGCGCGUGCACGACGCUUCCAAGGCAACUGCGGUCACUGCAGCUGGCACCACUCCUCCGAGCAGUGCCGGCGAAAGUGAUCCAAGCGCCGGAAGCCCACCGGAGCCAACCCCAGAGGAGGUGGCACAGACAGCAGCAGCUGUGGAGAAGGCUUUGGACGAAGCACUCCCGCUUUUUCUACAGACGGCUUGGGCGGCUGUCGUCACGGACAUCGACUCCACAGUGAAAGAGAUAGGUCGAAAGCUCUUGAAGGACAAAUCCGUGCCCUGGCAGCUCCGGGUGCGGCGCUCUCAGGCGCUACAGAGACUGGGCGAGAUCUUCGAAGAGGAGGGUCGGAAGGCCUUGGAAGCCGGCGGCUCCUCGAAGACCAUGACCUCGGAGGUCGCCAAGGCUACCCUGCAGGAGGCCCUCAUGGCCUCGGUGAAGCAGAUGCAUCCUGUUUUCCGGAAUGAGUUGCAGAAGCUCCUCCGAGAGGCUUAUGCCGGCCGGGACUUCGCAGCCGCAACAGAGUGCUAUUCAGAAGCCUUGGAAAGCACUCCGGAUGCCGUCGUCCUUUCAAACCGCUCGGCGACUUACGCGCAGCGGCGACGGUUUGACAAGGCGCUCCUGGAUGCAGACAAGGCCCUCAAGCUUUGCCCUGGCUGGUCUCGCCUGUACCAUCGUCGCGGCCAUGCUCUGUUCCACUUGGGGCGCUACAACGAGGCGAUGGCUGCAUUGGAGGAGGGAUUGAAGCUUGAUGGACAGGACAGAGUACUGCUGGAGGCCAUUGCCAAGAUGAAAGAGUACACUGCGCCAGGCGAUGAUUUCUGGGUUCCAGAGCAGCCGGAGCCAAAGGCUGUCGUGAAAGAACCGCCCACGGAGGCGCCGGUGAAGGAGGCGACAAAGGACGCCUCUGGGGAAGAAGUGAAAGCGCCAGCCAAAGGCGCACGACCUGUGCGAACCAUCCGUUGGCAUCUGCCAAGCAGAAGAGGCCACACGAUGGAGCUCGACAUGGUGCCGGUGUCCCUGCCGAAGGCAGCAGUUCCGAUCGUGCUGCCAGUGCCACCUGGCGGGGUGAAGGUCCUCCCUCGUUGGGCAGAGGAGGACGAGGUCUGCAGAUGGAGACUGAGAUAUCGGCCUCAUACGAAGGCGAUAAAGGAGGAUCCGAGCGGCGAGUUCGAUGAGGGUGCUGCUUGGGUGGAGCUCGAACUUCGCAACUUCACGCGUGAGCUGCCCCUCGCGAACCUCGACUUCGGCCUCCUGCACGACUUCAAAGUGGCCAUCCAAACUCCCGAGGGCUGGUCGGACUGGAGCGUGGCGGCGCAGUGCGAGGCUCCUCCUCCACAGCCUCCUGGAAAGCUGGCUGCUCUCCUGCCACGGGUGCUCGAUGUGUCCUCGGUGAAGGUGCGCUGGACUCCCCCACUAGACUGUGCCACAGUCUCACCGGGCCUGAAGAUCCAGAGGUACAUGAUCUUGGUCACCUGGGCGCCUCGUGCUGGCGAGGAUCCUGCGGAAUGCUCCCGAGAGAUCAUAGUAACCGAUGAAACGGAUUCUUAUGUCGUCACCGAUUUGGAGAGUUUGACGGACUACACCUUUCAGAUUGCAGCAGAGAAUGCUGCAGGUUGGAGUGAGCUGUCUGAUCCGACGGUGCCCAUACAGACCGUGCCGCCGGUGCCGAUGACUCUCAAUCAGCCGACGCUGAGAAGGGCAACGCACCAUUCGGCAGUCAUACAGUGGCAACAUCCCCCAUUCUCGGAGGCACCCGUGCUGUCCUUCCGCUUCCGCCACACCCCGUCAGCGGACUGGAGCAGUGAGGUGGUGGAGAUUCAUGAUGUGCCGCCCACGCUUUCCCAGUAUGUUAUUCAGGGCCUAAAGCCGGGCCACAUCUACAUCUUCCAAGUCAGGGCAGUGAACAAGUACGGCAUGGGGAUCUGGAGCGAUAGCAGCAUCCCAGUCCGAACCAUGGAUGGAGCCACACCUUCUCAGAUCGAAGACCUCCGGGCCUCAGAGAUCUACCAGUCCUUUAUUCGCCUCCAGUGGCGGCCAGUGGAGGAAAAUGGCUAUCCCAUCACAGACUAUCGCCUCCGCUAUGCGCACACAGAGGACAUGGCAGAUGCCGUGGAGGCUGUUCCAGCCGUCGUCCGGGACAAAGGGUUUGACACUUGCGACAUCCGCCAUCUGCGAAAGCUGAAGUACCACUUCCAGGUGGCGGCCAUUAACCAGCUGGGCAUGGCAGAAUGGAGUGAGCCGGUGCUGGUGGCAGGGGCCUUCUCGCAGGCCCGCGCGAAGGCCACAAGCUCGAAGGCGGAAGGCACAAAGCCAGCUCAAGGGAAAUCCGCCGAAGAGCUGCGAGAAAAGGGCAAUUCCUUGUUCCGAGAAGGCAGCCAUUCCAAGGCCGUGCGCGCUUAUGACGAGGCGAUUCGAGCCGACUCGAGCGAUGCCAGAUGUUGGGCAAACCGCGCAGCUGCCCAGAUGGCCAUGCUGUCGGAGUUUGGGCAGGGGCUCUCGCCGGCGGCCCUGCGCACAAAUCCUUACUUUACCAACUCCAUGAACGAUCUCAGCGAGAGCUUGAAGUUGGAUGCCAAGUACACCAAGGCCUGGGCACGCAAGGGCCAGCUGCAUGCCAUGGCAGCGGAGGAAUCGGAAGGCGAAAUUGAGCAUGUUGGUCUUCUGUAUGUCGCCGUUAUGCUUCCGGGACUGGUCUUCUGUCUUGGGCUCGCUACAGCUCUCGCUCUUGGCCUGCUGCUGGUGAAGGUGCAUCUGAAGGCCACCUACGGCUCCACAAGCACCGCGAGACGUUUAUGGAUACAGCUAGCAGCUCUGGGUGGCGCGAAUGUGAUGGGCAUCUUCCUGGGGUUCUUCUACUUGUACAGUUCGCAAAGUCAUUCUCAGGCCAGCGUUGUGCUGACCUCCCUGGCUUCGGAAGCGUGGAAAGUUGCUGACAUGACAUCUGCCAUGAAUGUUACGACAAAGUCUUUUGCUCACAACCUGGACCGGCUGUACUCAGAGUGUCCCAAAACGACGCAUGAGUUCCUGGGGUCCUCCAUUGCCCAGCGGAAAGAAGAGCUUCACGUUGCCAGGAAGGCUUUGGCAAAGCUCGACGAGACGCUGCAAGAUCUUCCAGAUCUCUUGGCGGCGCUGGCUUCUAAAAGCCAGACGCUGGUGGCUUCUUUGGCGUGGUGUCAGUUGCUGCCACUUGCAGGUCUGAUGGCUUGCCUGGUUGCUGCGGCGGUCUUGGUCUUUAUUGCCGAGUAUUCCGGCCCGAAACUUGCGAACAGAUGCCGCUGGUUCCAGCUCCCAUGUUUAGCCUCUACUUUGAUAGCCCCCGUGCUUGUCCUCGUUGCGGGCUGUGCUGCUGCGGAGCUCCUUUUGGCUGUGCUGUCAAGUGCGCAGUGCAGCAGACCUGAGAGAACCGUCCUGAACUAUGCACGGGGCGAGCUUGGGAGGUCAGCAGCCUUGAACCUGACCUUACAGUACGUUCGCAAUGCCACCAGAAUUGGUGCCAUAGACGACAUCCAUGUCCUGCACAUGCGUCUGUCCUCGUGGGACACGUGGGUAACCACCUAUGGUGAGGCGAUCGAGCGAAGCUGCCCUGCGUGGGAUGCUGCCAAUGUCUCGCAGAACCUGAGAGCAAUGAUAACUGAAGUGCGUACGGCUAGCGAUAUCAUGGAGCCCGCACGCAUGGCACCGCAAUGGACUCGAUUCUACAACCUCGUUUGCGGAGCAGGCAUCUCUGACGUAUUUAGGGUAUUUUUGAUGACGCUGGUGCUGGGCUUUGUUUUCCUGCCUCUCCUGGCAUGCAGCGUGAGCUGUUUGCUAGAACACCUCGUGGCCGAACGUGGCCCGACAGGUCACGGCUACGGUUAUGCAUUUAACAAGCUCAGCACAGAAGAUGCUGAUCAGAGCUCAUAG